AUGACUCUCUUCGACUCCCCAUCACGAGUUUUCCUCGGUGCCAUUGUCCUCCGCCUCGUGCUCCUCGUGUAUGGAGGCUGGCAAGAUGCGCAUUCCGCUGUGAAAUAUACCGACAUUGACUACAUGGUAUUCACUGAUGCGGCACGCUAUGUUGGGAAAGGGCAAUCGCCCUAUGCUCGCGAUACUUACCGCUACACCCCGCUCUUGGCAUGGAUGCUUCUUCCGACUGCGUGGGAGGGUCCCGCGCCUUGGUCAACGCUGACAUUCGCCUUUGGUAAGGCCUUGUUUGCUCUAUCUGAUGUCAUUGCUGGAUGGCUGGUUACUCAGCUACUUGUGCGUUGCUACCGCUUUCCCGUUGAGCGCGCGCUGCGUUAUGUAGCAGCGGUUUGGUUGUGGAAUCCGAUGGUUGCCAAUAUCAGUACUCGUGGUAGCUCCGAGGGACUCCUCGGUGUGCUUGUUGCGGCGCUUAUAUGGGCAACUCUGACGAAGAAACCCAUCGUUGCUGGAUUGAUCUUGGGAAUUGCUGUGCAUUUCAAGAUCUAUCCCUUCAUUUAUGGCAUUUCGAUUAUGUGGUGGUGGGAUUCCGAGCGCGAUGGGGCUGCCCCUACUAGAUUGGGUCUGCUGGCAAAGGCAUUGAGAUUCAUUACGCCGUCCCGGGUCAAGUUGACUGUCGCUGCAUUGGGUAGUUUCGCCGCCUUGAAUCUCGUCAUGUAUCUCCAGUACGGCCAACCGUUCCUGCAGCACACUUUCUUCCACCAUCUUACCCGUAUUGAUCACCGCCACAACUUCUCUCCAUACAGUACCCUUCUGUAUCUGACUGCUGCCGGUGGUGCCGAAACACGCUUUGAGGCACUGGCCUUCCUUCCGCAGCUCAUCCUUGCGGUCAUUGCUCUGCCUCUCGUUUUGGCGAAGAAGAGCUUGACUACCGCGAUGCUUGCGCAGACGUUCACUUUUGUUACUUUCAACAAAGUUUGUACCAGUCAGUAUUUCCUGUGGUACCUCAUCCUGCUUCCAUUUUACCUCCCCUCUUCGUCCCUUAUCCGUAAGCCAAGCUUGGGCAUCUCCGCAGCCAUCUUAUGGGUUGCUGGGCAGGCUCUAUGGCUGCACCAAGGUUACAAUCUCGAAUUCUUGGGAUUGCCAUCUUUCGUCCCGGGGCUGUUCCUAGCAGGCCUGUUCUUCUUCGCCGUGAAUGUGUGGAUCUUGGGUAUCAUCAUCAGGGAUGGAGGCGAGGGUGCAAGUGAGAUCACGGGUGAAGUUGACCAUCCCAAGUCGCACUGA